AUGAAGAAAAUAGACCGUCGAGCAAUAUGGAGCAGACUUGCAUCCAUGCUAAAGCCCACAUCUCCCCACGAGGUUGCAAUAGUCGUUGUAAUGGCCCUCUGCAUCGUCCUUGGAAAGUGGCUUGACGUUGCUUCCAUCAAGAAGAGAGGCUCUAUCAUCGACACCAUAAAGCACAUCAAGGACUCCGACAAUCCAGGCAUGUCCUUGAUCUUCCGCAAGGCAACAGCCUUCCUCGUCCUCAGAACCCUCUCCUCUCUCUUCAUCGAGUCCAAGGUCGUCCUCUUCUCCAUCAUAACAAACAGGAUUGUCGAGGACAUAACCUCCCGCAUUCUUUACCUUGCAAUCCACGCCUCCCAUGCUUGCGAAAUCAAGCCCACAAGCCUCAACAGGAUUGUCGAGAGGGGAAACAAGAAGAUCUGCAAGGUCCUUACAAAGAUCCUCACCGUCGCCGUCCCUGCAUUCUUCAACCUUGUUCUUCUCCUCAGAGAGGUCUAUAGGAUGUUUGGCCUCAGAUACCUUCUCCCCAUCCUCUUCACAAUCUCCAUCUAUGCUGUCUACACCUUUGUGACCCUGAGGAUCCGUUCCUGGUACAAGGAGAGAAUCAACUAUGCAGACAACUCGGUCUCCAAGAAGAUCCACGAGUGUGUCUCAAACAUGGAUCUUGUCAAGACAUGCUGCUGCGAGCAGGCCGAGGUCGACAGCCUCCAGGAGAUCAUAAGGGCAAUGUGGACUCUCAAGCUCUCCGACAAGGGAUGUGUGGCCAUAAUCAACUUUGGCCAGAGGAUACUCUUCACAAUCCUCUUUGUCUACUCCGUCCUCAAGGGCACUCCAGAUGCCUUUUCCGGCACAAUGACCAUUGGAGACCUGGCAACUCUCUUUUCCUUUGUAUUCUCCAUCGACCUGUCCAUGUGGACACUGGGUGUCAUUGCAAGGGACAUGGGGUUCUGGCUGAUAGACUGCGAAGAUCUGCUGAUCCUCCACGACCACUUGGAGAGGAUGGCCAGACAGAGUCCCGCCUCCUCCCUUGCCACAGGCUUCCCGUGUCCCUCUCUGUCAUCCCCCAAGUCCCAAGCCCCUCCAGCCAUCGAGUUCGAGGGCGUCAGCUUCGGAUAUCCAAACGCCCCUCCCAUCCUCAGAAACCUGUCCUUCAAGAUUGCCCGUGGCGAGCGUGUCGGAAUCAUCGGAAGGCCUGGAAGCGGCAAGAGCUCCAUCCUAAGGCUGAUCCCGAUGCUCCACUCCUACACAGGCUCCAUCCGCGUCAACGGCCUCGAGCUCCGCAACACCUCCCCUGCUGCCCUCCGCGCCUCCAUCGCCUGCAUUCUUCAGGACAUGCCUUUCUUCGACGAGACUGUCUUCCACAACAUUUCAUACGGCCUCCCAGCAACCAGCCUCCAGAAGAUCCUCGAGGCAUCCAGGAGUGCAGGCCUCGGGCCCCUGCUUGUGAGGCGAGGACUCCACUCGGCCAUGAAGAUGCUGAGCGGCGGAGAGGUCCAGAUGGUCUCGAUUGCAAGAUGCCUGCUCCAGAACAAGCCGCUGAUGCUUCUCGACGAGGUCACGUCGAGGCUGGAUGCAAGUGGGGAAAGGGCCAUCUUCGACCUGCUGAUGGGCCUUCCCGGAAAGACUGUUGUCAUGGUCUUCCACGAUCUGUGGAUGGCAGAGCACAUGGACAGGAUCAUCCUGAUGGACGCCGGCCGCAUAGUCGAGUCUGGAAGCCAUGGCGAGCUGAUGGAGCUCCGCGGGGAGUACUGGCGCAUGAAGACGGGGCUAGGAAACUUCAAACCCGCUGCAGGGGACCCAUUGCAAAGCCGCCAUGCCCCCCUGGAUGCAGGAUGCAGAGAUCUGUAG